UUUGUAAUCUGUACGUCGAGUUAAGUGGUUCGAAGAUCGGUCGCAACGCUUAUUGAAAUACUGAUAUUGAAUUAUCAGCUGCAUUUAGUUUAGUCGUAAUUAAUUUAAAUCAAUCAAGAAGUUAAUCACAGCCUUUGUAAAAUGUCAUUAUCCAAAAUUGAUGCCAUCGAAACGGAAACGGAACAAAUCGAUCAGGAAAAGUAUUUACGUCAAGCAACACAAUAUUAUACGGCGCUGGAGAAGCCACUCAAAUAUGGCCCUGUAAUCGACUCGCUAACGGAUUUAAUAACGGCACUGCAUAGAGAAUUCGAUACCAACUAUGUGAAUAUCGAAAUGGUAAAUCACAUAAUGCUGAGCUAUAAGUCGAAUCCUAAGGAAUGGCGUAAAUAUGCUAAAUUUGAUCGUUAUAAAUAUACGAGAAAUCUGGUUGAUUUCGGAAAUGGCCGCUUUAAUCUGCUGAUACUCUGUUGGGGUGAAGGCGUUAGCUCCUCUGUCCAUGACCAUGCCGACUCGCAUUGUUUUAUGAAAAUGCUCAAGGGAGAUCUGCGUGAGAAGCGCUACAAGUAUCCACAUCGUACGGAGGAGCAGCUCGGCAAUAUAGCGGAUGAUCAGCUUGUGGAAACGGGAGAAACGCCUAUGGCUUUGAAUGACGUGGCCUAUAUUAAUGACAACUUGGGACUGCAUCGCGUAGAGAAUCCCAGUCAUGCGGAUACGUCAGUCUCGCUGCAUCUCUAUUGUCCGCCCUUUGAUAGCUGCAGCAUUUUUCAGGAAAACUGCAAGAAAACCACUGCCAAGGUUACUUUCUGGAGUAAAUAUGGUGUGCGCACCAAACUGAAUGAACAAUAGAGUUAAGACUAAGUUUAAGCUAAAAAAAAAAACCGGAAUUGUUUCCUUAUGUUUAGUUGUACAGUAUACAUAAUUAAAUUUAAUGGUUAGUUCUAAGCGCAUGCCAAAUGAAUAAAAUCUACAUAUGUUAAUGAA